GGUGCUGCCGCAGUGCCGCCUGCCCGGUCCCGGCCCUGGGCUCCCACUCCGCCGGCGGCCGCACCUACUCGGCCAUGAUGAGCUUCAGCGGCGCAGAGGCGCUGCUGGGCGCCCCGUUCGCGCCGCUUCACGGAGGCGGCAGCCUGCACUAUGCGCUGGCUCGCAAGGGCGGCGCGCGCUCCGCGGCUGGCUCGUCCAGCGGCUUCCACUCGUGGGCACGGACGUCCGUGAGCUCCGUGUCGGCCGCACCCGCCCGCUUCCGCGGCGCGGCAGCCACCUCAAGCACCGACUCACUAGACACGCUGAGCAAUGGACCGGAGGGCUGCGUGGUGGCAGCGGCGGCGGCACGCAGCGAAAAAGAGCAGCUGCAGGCGCUGAACGACCGGUUCGCCGGCUACAUCGACAAGGUGCGGCAGCUCGAGGCUCACAACCGCAGCCUGGAGGGCGAGGCAGCGGCGCUGCGGCAGCAGCACGCAGGCCGCGCCGCCAUGGGCGAGCUGUACGAGCGCGAGGUGCGGGAGAUGCGCGGCGCCGUGCUGCGCCUGGGAGCCGCGCGGGGCCAGCUGCGCCUGGAGCAGGAGCACCUGCUGGAAGACAUUGCGCACGUGCGACAGCGCCUAGACGACGAGGCCCGGCAGCGGGAGGAGGCUGAGGCGGCGGCGCGCGCACUGGCGCGUUUUGCCCAGGAGGCCGAGGCGGCCCGCGUCGACCUGCAGAAAAAGGCUCAAGCACUGCAAGAGGAGUGCGGCUACCUAAGGCGUCACCACCAGGAGGAGGUGGGCGAGCUGCUUGGCCAGAUCCAGGGCUGUGGCGCCGCGCAGGCGCAGGUACAGGCAGAGGCGCGCGACGCCCUGAAGUGCGACGUGACGUCGGCGCUGCGGGAGAUCCGCGCCCAACUCGAAGGCCACGCGGUGCACAGCACGCUGCAGUCGGAGGAAUGGUUCCGAGUGCGGUUGGACCGACUGUCAGAGGCAGCCAAGGUGAACACAGACGCCAUGCGCUCAGCACAGGAGGAGAUAACUGAGUACCGCCGCCAGCUGCAGUCCAGGACCAUAGAACUGGAGGCGCUCAAAGGCACCAAGGACUCUCUGGAAAGGCAGCGCUCCGAGCUGGAGGACCGUCAUCAGGCUGACAUUGCAUCCUACCAGGAAGCCAUCCAGCAGCUGGACGCUGAGCUCAGGAACACAAAGUGGGAGAUGGCAGCCCAGCUCCGAGAGUACCAGGACCUGCUCAAUGUCAAGAUGGCUCUGGAUAUCGAGAUUGCUGCCUACAGAAAACUCCUGGAGGGUGAAGAGUGUCGAAUUGGCUUUGGCCCGAGUCCUUUCUCCCUUCCAGAAGGACUCCCCCAAAUCCCCACCAUGUCUACUCACGUAAAGGUCAAAAGUGAAGAGAAGAUCAAGGUGGUAGAAAAGCCAGAGAAGGAAACCGUAAUUGUGGAGGAACAGACUGAGGAGAUCCAAGUGACUGAAGAAGUGACUGAAGAAGAGGAGAAAGAGGCCAAAGAGGAGGAGGGUGAGGAGGAAGCAGAAGGGGGAGAAGAAGAAGCAAAGUCUCCGCCAGCAGAAGUAGCAUCCCCAGUGAAGGAAGAGGCCAAGUCCCCAGAGAAGGCCAAGUCCCCAGUGAAGGAAGAGGCCAAGUCCCCAGAGAAGGCCAAGUCCCCAGUGAAGGAAGAGGCCAAGUCCCCAGAGAAGGCCAAGUCCCCAGUGAAGGAAGAGGCCAAGUCCCCAGAGAAGGCCAAGUCCCCAGUGAAGGAAGAGGCCAAGUCCCCAGAGAAGGCCAAGUCCCCAGUGAAGGAAGAGGCCAAGUCCCCAGAGAAGGCCAAGUCCCCAGUGAAGGAAGAGGCCAAGUCCCCAGCCGAGGCCAAGUCCCCAGAGAAGGCCAAGACUCUUGAUGUGAAGUCCCCAGAAGCCAAGACCCCAGCAAAGGAGGAAGUAAGGUCUCCUGCAGACAUUAAGUCCCCUGAAAAGGCAAAAAGCCCUGUCAAGGAGGUCAAGUCCCCAGAGAAGGUCAAGUCUCCUGAGAAGGAAGUCCCCAGGAAGGAAGAGAAACCCCAGGAGGUGAAAGCCAAAGAGCCCCCAAAGAAGGUAGAGGAAGAGAAAGUUCCAGCCACACCAAAAACUGAGGAGAAGUACAGCAAGAAAGAUGAAGUGCCCAAGAAAGAGUCUCCAAAACCUGAGGUCCAGGAGAGGGAACCUGCUGUGGAGAAGCCCAAAGAAUCCAAAGUUGAAGCCAAGAAGGAAGAGGCUGAAGACAAGAAAAAAGCAGCAACUCCAGAGAAGGAAGCUCCUGCCAAAGUGAAGGAAGAGGCCAAACCCAAAGAGAAGACUGAGGUGGCCAAGAAGGAGCCAGAUGACACCAAGGCCAAAGAACCCAGCAAAGCCGCCGAGAAGGAGCCGGAGAAGCCAAAGAAGGAAGAGAGGCCAGCAGCGACUGAGAAAAAAGACGCCAAGGAGGAGAAGGCCGCAGAGAAACCCCAGACGGAAGCCCAAGCCAAGGAAGAGCCCAGCAAGGAGGGCCCCAAGGCCAAGAUGGAAAAAGCCGAGAAGUCUUCCAGCACAGACCAGAAGGACAGCAGGCCUCCAGAGAAGGCCACAGAAGGCCAGGCCACCAAGGGGGAGAAAUAAAGCAGAGAAAAAAGAACAUCCAGAGCAGCCAAAGAAACUCGGGAGGGUCUGGGAGCUCAAGGAUUGGCGUGAUGAAUUUUCACUUUAUUUCUCUUUUCUUUCGGUAAGAAGAAACUCUUAGAUGAUGGGGCCUAUGAUUCACCAAACAGGAAUUUCUGUUAGCGAUAUGUUAGCAGGAGAGGGCAGUCCUAACCCCUGGCCCCACAUCCCAAUCCCUCCCCAGGCGAUGGACAAUUAUGUUAUGAUAGCUUAUAUAGUUGAAUGUGAUAUAUGCCGAAUGCCAUAUGUAAACACUUGACUGUAAAAACUGCCCCCUCCUUUCCAAAUAAGUGCAUUUAUUUCCUGUAUGUGCAACUGACAGAUGACCGCAAUAAUGAAUGAGCAGUUAGAAACACAUUAUGCUUGGGAUGUCUUAACCUAUUCCUGAAUGCCUUCUGUUUUCCAAAGGAGUGGUCGAGCCCUUGCCCAGAGCUCUCUAUCAUGGGAGAGCUGGAGCAGGUGGGGCUGGGCAUUGGCCACUGAAUCAUGCCAGGGCACACUUUUCCACUGAAGUCCACUUUCAAUUGCUUCUGUGCAAUAAAACCAAGUGCUUAUAAA